AUGAAUGCUCCACAAGCAAGACAUGUGGAUGUGGGAAGUGCAAGUGCGAUCUGGUGUCCGCCCAUGAAAAAGAACGUGAUACAAUUCGGCGUUGAUGAUUUUCUUUUCGGUCUUGAUGAUGUACACAGUGCGGUGCGAUCUCAAAUAUGCGCUCAAGUUCCUUUCCCCGACCUUGAUACUGUGUAUCAAACUAUUGUGCAAAACGAAACGAUAUUCAGAGAUCUUCCAAAGGAUUUGGUAGAGGAUGAGAUACUCUGCCACGUUCCGGCCACGUAUCUGAAACGAUUGGGAUCUACUUGCAAACGAUGGAACCGUUUGUUUAAUGGUGAUGGGAGGUUCGCAAGAAAGCACACUGACAAAGCCGCCGCGAAGCAGUUACUGGUGCUCAUGAAGACCAGGGCAUACAGGAUUUGUCUGAUAGUCUUCGACCUCGAGGGACCAGUUCCAUCUGUAGAGGUAAAAAGUGAGCUUAGCCUAGUCGAUUCGGAUUCAGCCCCAUUCGACAUAUAUCGAGUCUUUCACUGUGACGGCUUGUUGUUGUGCACCUCCCAAAACAGCUUUAGGUUCGUCGUUUGGAACCCGUUUACUGGUGAAACCAGGUGGUUCCGACCCAGUAGUCGUGGCCAGAAAGGCUACCGCACCUUUGUUCUCGGAUACUCCCAAGAAGAUAACAAAAAGAGCUACAAAGUCUUGAGCUCUAUUCGUGGUAGAAAAUAUUUUGAAAUCCACGAGUUCAGCUCUGAUUCAUGGAGGAUGCUUGAUGAUGUCAUCCCUCCAGGCUGGACCGGUGAUUUCACUUAUCUCACCGUGUCGUUGAAGGGAAGCACUUACUGGUUCGCUUCAGAUGGAACAAAAGCGCAACGCAACGCAUCCUUGCUCAAGUUUGAUUAUUCAACAGAGAAAUCUGUACCUGUGCCUCUUCCCUAUCAGUGUGUUUGGUUGGAAAUUGCUGGUCUUUCCGUUGUGAAAGAAGAGAAACUUUCCGUGUAAUUACAGCGCGUUAUUACAUGCAAUACUGAGAUAUGGGUGACAAAUAAGAUUGAUGAGACCACCCAUGUGGUGUCGUCGUGGAGCAAGGUCUUAGCUUUGGAUUUGAGCCAUGCAGAUCUUCAAAUUGUUUACUAUACAAAUUUCUUGCUCGACGAGGACAAGAAAGUCGUAAUGAUUUGUGAGAAUUGGCUUGACAUGGAAGACGAGACCGAGACCAAGAACAAAGACGUGAUAUACAUUGUUGGGGAGGAUAAUAAAGUCACACAAGUGGCUUUUGGACUUGAUAACAUAUGUUCGCCAGCUAUUCUUAAUUAUGUUCCAAGUUUGGUUCAAAUCGAGCCAGCCCGAGGCAAAAGGAAAAGAGUUGACCUGUAA